AAUCCUUUUCGGUACGUGCGUUCUGAAACAUCACUAGCGCGUGAGAUCCAACAUCCAGUUCAACAUUCUACGUGUGUUAGGUAAGCUAUGGUACAGUCGAUGUAAGCUGAAUCCAGCUUGUCAUUACGGUUUGUCUAACGUACGGCUUAUGUUUACUAAACAGAAGGUUAAUUCUAUAAGGGAAGAUGAUAAAACUUACAGAAGAUAUUGAUUUGACGGGAUACACGCUCAUCAUUCCUUCAGUAGCUGUAGGAAAUGUUGGACAAUUGGCUGUUGAUCUUUUUAUAUCGAGCCUUAGCGCAAAGAGAAUAGGUUAUGUUUGGGAUUCUGCAUUCAUACCUAUAGUUGGCCCUGAUCCGUACGACGAAAAUUCGUCAGCCCUUUGCACAGCCGUUGAUUUAUUUUGUAGCACAGAUAAAAGAGUUCUACUAAUUCAAAUAAGAUCACCACUGUCCAAGAAGCCCUUUCUAUUCUUUAAAAAGCUGCAGAACUUCAUCACAGAAAAACACAUUGCCAAGGUCAUCAUAUUGACCAGCAGCUACUCCCAUGAAAAACGAGAUCAACAGAUCAGAACCAUUCCGUUACGUUACAUUGCAUCUCCGGAAAUAAAAUCAGAAUUUGGUGCAAUGUUCGACAGCCUGAACUGGACACAUCUAGAAAGUAAAAUUGAUGAAUAUGGCAGGAGCGAAGUCCUUGCAAUCCCAGGUGGAGGUUUUGCCAAAAACCUAUAUGAUAUCUUUGUUGAGAACCAUAUUCCUUGUGCGGUCUUACUCAGAUUUUGUUCAGAAGGAGACAACAUCCCAGAUGCAAUGGAGUUAGCUAACUACUUAAAUCAGUGGCUAGAACUUUUCUCAAAGGACGCCUCUGGUAAUUUAUUAAUCAGAAAACCUUCGUCUUGGAGAUUCUUAUUUGGCAAUGAUCCUCCACUCGAAAUGUUCUGAAUAUGAUAUUAAUUAUCAUGAGUUUUUUUUUUUUGUUUAUAUCAAUGAAUCAUGUUCAUUAAAUUCUUAAUAAAAAAUUAUUAUCAGCUAAAUUGUAA